AACACGUCACGUCCGUUUCCCAUGAAGCCCUGGGCGUGAUUGUGCAGCUGUCGCCAGGGAGAGGAGCGCCGGGGCCGCAGGAGGAGCCUUGGAUCUGCGGCCGGUGAGGGACGGGCUCAGUCACGUAGGGGAUUUGCUACAUAUGAGAGCCGGGGGGCCGCUGGGGAAGGGGGUCCUAUACUUAUUCCUUAGUUGAAACCCCCUGCAGCGUUCUGUUCUGGCAGUGAAUUCUGUCGUGGGCGACGAGAGUUUUAGUUAAACAAGAGCAAUAGGCUGAAUCAUCACUUGAAUUAUUUUUGUAAAAGGAGACCAUACAGUUAAGCCACAACCAUGGAUGGUGAAGAGAAAACCUAUGGUGGCUGUGAGGGUCCUGAUGCUAUGUACGUAAAACUGAUUUCAUCUGAUGGCCAUGAAUUUAUUGUUAAAAGAGAACAUGCUUUGACAUCAGGAACAAUAAAGGCCAUGUUAAGUGGUCCAGGCCAGUUUGCUGAAAAUGAAACCAAUGAAGUGAAUUUCCGAGAGAUUCCCUCCCAUGUUCUAUCUAAAGUCUGCAUGUAUUUCACCUACAAAGUUCGUUAUACAAACAGCUCCACAGAAAUACCUGAAUUUCCCAUUGCGCCAGAGAUCGCACUGGAACUGCUGAUGGCAGCAAACUUCCUAGACUGUUAAAUAAAAUAAAUUAUGGAAAAUCAAUAUGUUAAAUGGAUUCUUUUAUAUUUAAAUGCCUAGUUUGUUUGUUUUCUAUUUAGCAUGUUUGCAUUUUUCCAAGCAGUGUAUUGUAUAUGUAUAUUGUUCAAGCACCCACAUACUUCCUUAGCAAAGCAGCCGGCGUGAAACGAUCUGCUUCUUGCUUGCGUUUUUUCUUUCUACUUGCUCACUGUCUGUAAUAAACCAUUAUGAAAAUAUGAUGUUAACGAAGUGCUUUAGACAUUUACUCUUUCAUUGCUUCAAGACUGAGCAUGGGCUGUUGGAUUAACCAGGAAGUCACCUUGCAUUGUAUUCCUUUAAGUUGUUUCAAAUUUAAUUAUAUUUUUCUGAACUUGUCUGGAAAAAGUGACAUGAAACAUGAAAUAUCUGCUAAAUAUUUUAAUAAAAAUACAAUUUUUUAAAU